GAGUGCUUUUGUCCUGGAAAGCUAUUCCAUGAACUGAAUAUUGGGUAUAUGGAUGCAGUUUACAGCUGAUGAUAACGUUCCAUGUAAAACUGACAUUAAUUAUUUCGUUGGGCACAUCGAAAUACAAACAAAGCCUGAAAUUAAAUGAUAUCGAGAAAGGGACCAGUUGACAAAGAAAUAAUGACCUAGGUACUUCACCCGAAUUCAGCAAACGAGUGAUCAUGAUGGGAAAGAACUGUUGGAAAAUCUGAUUUUAGUUUUAAUUCAUUUUUGUCAAUGAAUGAUUAACAAUGAUGAUGGAUCAGAAACAACAGUAUGACAGAAACAAAUCCAUCAAGAUUCAAGGUGAUAAGAACCAUCAUCUAAGUGGAAUCAUAUGAUAUAUUCUGUUGGCCAAAGUGUUUCACUAACUCUGAUGCAUUAAUGAAGAUCCAACCAUUCUGUCUAUAUUGAUGCAUCCUAUUAAAGAUGAUCAGAACACCCCAUCUACAGUGAUGAACCCUGUCAAUAGAGAUCCACUCACAUCAUCUAUGCUGAUGCAUCCAAUGAAUGGAGAUGCAGACAUCCCAUCAGCAACGAUGCACCCUUUUAAUGGGGGUGCAAGGAUCCCAUCCACAACAUUAACACUUUCAUUAAACAGAGAACCAAAUGUUUCAAUGAGUUUAGAAAGUUCUUGUGUAGAUCCAAUUAUCUCAACAGAUUCUUGUGAUGUAGAUCCAAACGUUCUAGUGAAUUCAACACCUUUCUGUAAAGAAGAUUCGAAUGGCCCAGCCACACCCUCCUCUUCUGGAAAUGAUAGUCCUGCUUCAGCAAACUUGGAUUCCUAUAGAUGUAAAAUUAAAGAAGAAGACGUUGGUUCAUCGACAGAAGUUCCAGAAAAUAGCCUUGAAACCAGAGAUGAUGAUGAUGUUGAAGAUCAAGGUGAUGCCCAGCCAGUGCAAAGUAACAGCCAGGUUUCUGAAAAACCUCACAAAUGUGAUCGCUGUGAUAAACGUUACCGGACAAAAGGCCUGUUAGCAACACACUACAGAGUCCACACAGGAGAAAAACCAUAUUCUUGCCAGAUCUGUUCCAGCAGAUUCACAACAGCUGGAAGUUUAAAAACCCACCACCUCAAAGUCCACAAACAGAAACUUUAUACCUGUGAAGUAUGUGGGAAAGGGUUUAAUCUCCCUGUAUCCUACCAUGAACAUGUGUGUGCUCAUAAGGGAGAAAAACCUUAUACAUGUGAAAUUUGUGGGAAACAGUUCAGUCGUUUAAUACAAAUUCAGACGCACAGCCGAACACACACUGGUGAACGACCCCAUGAAUGUGACGUUUGUGAUAAACGUUUUAGCCACUCGGCAUCCCUACAGCGUCAUUACCGUAUACAUACAGGCGAGCGACCGUACAAAUGUCAGUUCUGUGAAAUGGAAUUCCGUGAUCAAGGAUGUCUUCAUAGUCAUAUCAGAGUUCACACAGGUGAGAAACCUUAUGCUUGUAAAAUCUGUGGGAAACGUUUCAGUCAGACUGGACAUGUCCAAAAUCAUUUACUGACACACACAGGGGAAAAACCCUUCAAGUGUGAUAUAUGUGGAAAACCUUGCUCCAGCACGGCAGAUUUGAGAAAACAUAAACGGGUUCACACAGGAGAAAAACCAUUUCAGUGCGAUAUAUGUUGGAGGGGAUUUAGUGAAGUCAGCUCUGUAAUAAAACACAAAAGAAUACACACUGGAGAAAAACCAUAUAAAUGUCCAAUUUGUGGGAAAGGAUUCACUGAAUCAAGUUCUGUAACAAAACACAUUCGUGUUCACACCGGUGAAAAGCCUUUUAUAUGUGACAUCUGUGGUAAACGAUUUACAGAAGGGGGAGGCUUGAGAGUACAUCGCAUGACACACACAGGCGAGAGACCUUAUAGCUGUGGAAUUUGUGGUAAAGGUUUCAUUCAAACAGGAAAUCUUCAAACUCACCUGAUGAAACAUGAGACUGUUAAAGAGACAAGUGUAUCUGAUACAGACAACUUGUGUUACUAGUUCAGACCGAUACUGUACAAUUUUAAAUGUAGUUUUGUGUUGUGCGCCUAUACAUUAAAGGCUAAUUUUAUUGUGAUUUCCAUGUUGAAAUGAUGUACCUUCCCACAAAAUCAUGAAACUGUUCACAAGUAAAAGUAAAAUGGAUGUACUUUUCCUCAAAUAAUAUGGAACAAGUGAAAUUUGAAACAAGAUAGACAUAUUUUCCAUAAAAGAAUUUAUGAAACAAAUCAUAUUUUGAAGCAAAAAAAAAAAUUAGAUUUUUGUGUGGAAAUGAUGAAACUAUAUGCAUUCUGAAAAAUUAGAAAUAGAAUGAUUGAGGGCAGCAGGGAAAAACAUCUUAUACAUAGUAAUAACUGGUGUUUUCUAUUGCAUUUCUUUUAUCCUGUGAAAGGCCAAAGAAAGGUCAGGGGUCAGAGUACAUAUGUCAUUCAAUGAAAGAAGCACCUGUUGACCAGUUAUGCUGAGCUACAGAUUAUGAUUAAUACUUUUUCAGAUUUUACUUAAUACCUCGUACUUUGAUGUUGUAUUCACAUAGGUAAGAUUUUAUGUCUCUUUGAAUGGAAUUUUACAUUACAUCAAUAAUACUUGGAUUUUCUUUAUCUAAACUUAUUUUUAAUGAAGUACAAUUUUGAAAUUAAUGGGUUGGCUCUUGCCAGCUUUUAGAGAUUCACAUCUUCAUAAGGCAACAUACAUUUUUAAUCUUUGUUUUGUACUUCACUUCUGUUUCUGAUAUAAUAUAGACCUGUGGAUAACUGUUACAAAUUGUAACCAGCUUUAUCACAAAUUUGAACUUUGCAUUUGUAAACAAAUAAAGAUGUAUAAAUAAAAGAAAGAUAAAAACAGAUAUAUUGACACAAGA